AUGGAAAGGCUGAUUUCUUUCUUUUUCCCAGCAACGGUACGAAAUGUAAACGAACGCUUGGAGAUUGCGCACUUCAAAAAGGAAUACAGUCGAAACAAACGAGGAGCGAAUGAACGGUUUAUGCAACAACACCACACGAAAGAGCCAAUCCUUACUACCACCACUACCACUACAACAACAGGAACCACCAUCCCUAACCAACCAACCGAGCAGCAACCCAUCCCCAUCUUCCUAGAUGCAUCUGAUAUAACAACAACGACCAGUAGUCGUCGUGUUACUGAAGAACAAACAAGGACAACAAGAACGAAAUCUCCUGUAUCUCCCAUCAAAACGCACGUGCGGACCUCUCGUUCCCCGUCAUCGAACCAAGAAACCAUAACCAUGGUUGAGGAAAACUCGAACCAUCAUCCGUCAAGCUGCAGAAAGUCAGAAAAUACUGACCAAGAACAACAGCUUCCUUCAUUCACAAAGCCAAAGGCUCCCUCGCUGUGUAGCUUGAUGAUGUGUGGAACGUUGGGAUCUGGCAAGUCCACUCUCUUUCGACAAUUCAGGGUUACGUUACAGGAAGGGUUCAAUAGCACAGAAGUCGAUCGAAUGAGAAUGUAUCUCUUUUCCAACAUGUUAAACAGUUUUGGUUUGGGUGUUGCCAAGUUUUUGAACCUCCUCUCAGAAUACAAAGACUUUGGAAUCAGUGCCAUUGCUCACACCAACAUUCCUGAAGAGUAUUUCAAUAAUGAACAAGUCAUUCAACAAUUUGUAGAGUACAAACAAAAGGUCGGCACCUUACAUUCGAGGCAUGUGAUUCAUGAUUCGAAUAUUCCUUAUGGAGACAUUAUCAUAUCCAUGUGGGAAGAUCCAAGAGUUCGAGAAAUUCUCAAUGCAUUUGCAGUGAGCGACUCUUUUUCAGAUGGCUUGGAUUACUACUUGAGAUCUCAAUACGAUUCACCCAAACGAAUGUUAAGCAAAACGAAAAGAUAUGAACCCAUACUCGACGAUAUCAUUAGUUGUAGAACAAAGACCACAGGUAUUACAUACAUUGAUUUUGACUUUCUUGGCACUUCCUAUCGAGUGUUUGACGUUGGAGGAGCUCGAACUGAAAGAAAAAAGUAUGAAAAUGUUUAUCCUGGACUAACAGGAGCUUACUAUACUGCCUCUCUUAUCGACUAUCGAAAAACUUGCUAUGAAGAUGACUUCUCAAGUAGAUUCAUAGAAAGUACGACCUUCUUUGAUACGCUAUGUAACGGACCAUUGAAAUACUCUCCAAUAUUUCUUGUGUUCACAAAGCUGGAUAUUUUCAAACAGACCUUUGAAGGUGAAACAACAUUUUCUCGUUUAUGUCCAGAGUACGCACAGUAUGAUCCAUCAUCAGAACACCAAGAUUUUUCCACUUUCUUUAAUGAUCUUCCUUCUCAGUCCAAAAUCGAUUCCUAUCCUAUUGUCAAUCCAAAUCCAUCCUCUUCCUCUUCCUCUCUCUCCAAUCAAUCAAAAUUUUUAAGGUAUCUUCUUGAUGAAGAAAUACACCUCACUAACGAAGAAUUGAGAGUAUUGUCAUUCAUUGAAAAUAGCCACACAUCGAAAUUGAAAUUCAAUACCAAACGAGUUUUUAUCUUCUACAUGACUGCUCUCGAUACGAAUCAAUUCAAAAAAUUGGUUGACAUUACGACCUCAAUUUUGUAUCAACUUUUUUCACACACUCCCUUUCCUCGAAAAUAA